CUCUUUGUUUAAUAAUAUUAUAUUGUCAUACAAACGCGCAGUCCAGUGUCAUCGAGGAAGAGAAUCAAAUAACCAAAGCUCCCCUGCACACGCAUCACGGCCAGUGUGAAAGGUCAGCACUUCUUUGUUGCCCGAAUUCCCUCUCUUUCCCUCUCCUGUUUAUGUGAAACUUGAAACUGCGCAAACAAACAACAAUAUUUAAAUGAAUUAUAACUGCGGAUCGUUAUUGGCUGAUUCAUUUAUUACCGACUGAUGUUGUUUACUUGCUAAGACCUUUAUCUGUGAACGAGUCAGUGGCGCGAUUUUUCGAUUGGACAGUCAGCAAUCGCCGCAAACUCUGCAACGCACAAGAACCAUCGCACCAUGAGACUCACUUCGGGAAUCUUCCUGGUGCUGUUCCUGGCCAUCCUUUUGGAAACGGCGGAAUGCUCUUGGCCCUGGCCUUUUACCAGGAAGCACAAGCAGAACUUGCCACCGCCGCCACCAACGCCACCGCCAGAGCCCAAAAUGUCUCCAGUAAUAUUUGUGCCUGGCGAUGGCGGCUCCCAGCUCGACGCGCGCUUGAACAAGUCGAGUGCUCCCUACUUCGUGUGCGAGAAGACCCACGACUGGUUCAAUCUCUGGCUCGAUCUGGAGCAGCUGGUGGUGCCCAUGGUGUACUGCUGGAUAGACAAUGUCAAGCUGUACUACGACAAGGCCACACGAACGACGCACAACACCCCGGGUGUGGAGAUCCGCAUACCUGGCUGGGGCAAUCCCGAGGUGGUGGAGUGGAUCGAUCCGACGAAGAACAGUGCUGGAGCGUAUUUCAAGGACAUCGCUAACGUGCUCGUGAACAUGGGCUAUGUGCGGAAUUUGAACAUACACGGAGCACCCUACGACUUCCGCAAAGCACCAAAUGAGAACAAACAAUUCUUCAUCGACCUGAAGCAGCUUGUCGAGGAGACCUAUGAGGCGAACAACCAGUCAGCCGUCACCUUCAUAUCGCACAGCAUGGGCAGUCCCAUGACACUUGUUUUCCUGCAGCAACAGACGCUGGAGUGGAAGAAUAAAUAUGUGAGACGGCAAAUAAGUUUGGCCGGCGCUUGGGCUGGCAGCAUAAAGGCGGUAAAAGUCUUUGCCAUGGGCGAUGAUCUGGACUCGUUCGCUCUGAGUGCCAAGAUCCUGAGGGCUGAGCAGAUUACACAUCCAUCGUCAGCCUGGCUGUUGCCAUCGCCCUUGUUCUGGAAGCCUUCGGAUGUGCUGGCCUCGACACCCUCUCGAAACUAUACAAUGGCACAGCUCAAGGAGUUCUUCAACGACAUUGACUACAUGACGGGCUGGGAAAUGCGCAAGGACACGUUGCGCUAUACACAAAACUUUAGUCCACCCGAUGUGGAGCUGCACUGCCUCUACGGCGAUGGCAUAGACACAGUGGAGAGAUUGCAGUACAAAAAGAACGAUAUUGCUGGAGAAACGCCCAAGCUAGUGAUGGGCGCAGGUGAUGGCACUGUAAACCAACGCUCCCUACGUGCGUGCAACUACUGGUCGGGCUACACGAGCUCACCCAUAUCGACACUGGCACUGCAAGGAGUGGACCACAUGAAGAUUCUAUCACAUGAAGAUGUUCUCCAAUACGUUCGCACUGUCAUUUCGCAGCCGUAGUCAGACAGUGAAGUUGAAGUGUUUCAAAGUUACGAACAAAUUAAUGCCAAUUUUAAUGUUAAAUAAAUGUGAUUGCUUAAGUAGCACAAAGUCGAAAA